AUGGCCAACACCCAAACAUUAAGGGAGCUAACUGCCCCGGAACUGACUCACCAGCCCUUAUGCAUCACAUUCCCCACUUUGGCUAAGAAUACUGCUUUCGAAUUGAAGUUGGGGUUGAUUCACCUCUUACCUUCUUUCCAUGAUCUCUCUGGUGAAAAACCCCACAAACACGUUACGGAGUUCGAGGUGGUUUGCUCUAGUAUAAAAUCUCCUGGGGUCACUGAAGAGCAAAUUAGACUGAGAGCCUUUUCGUUCUCUCUCAAGGAUGCAGCUAAAGAUUGGCUGUACUACCUACCAGCAGGCUGUACUACCUACCAGCAGUAUCCUGAAGAAUCUCUAUAUGAUUACUGGGAAAGGUUCAAUAAGUUGUGCACUAGAUGCCCACAACAUCAAAUUAGUGAACAACUAUUGAUCCAAUAUUUCUAUGAGGGACUCCAGUCGUCCGACAGGGGUAUCAUUGAUGCUGCAAGUGGGGGAGCAUUAGCGAACAAGACACCAAGGGAAGCAUGGCUACUCAUUGAAUCGAUGGCAGAGAAUUCUCAACAGUUUGGCUUCUGUGAGAGUAACCCUACCCGUAGGGUCAACGAGGUAGAGACGUCGUCCAUUCAGCAGCAGAUAUCGGAGCUGACAUCUUUUGUACGACAAUUAGCUGUGGGAAACAUGCAUCAAGCAAAGGCCUGUGGAAUUUGCACAAAUGUGGGCCAUCUCACUGACUCGUGCCCUUUGCUGCAAGAGGAUGUGGCUGAACCAGUGAACAUGGCUGGAGGUGUGUCCGCGCCUCGAAGACCGUACGACCCAUACUCCAACACGUACAAUCCGGGUUGGAGAGAUCACCCCAAUUUCAGCUAUGGGAAUAGGCCACAGAAUUCAUUCUCCAAUCGUCCACCAGGAUUCCAACAACCGUGGCAACAAAAGUCUCAACCCUCGUCCUCUAGCUCAGAAAGUUCUUUGGAGGAAAUUGUCAAGAGUUUGGCCAUGACCACUGCUCAACUCCAGCAAGAGACUAGAUCCUUGGUCGCGAGCGCUACUCAGUUCCAACAGGACACCAAAGCAGGCAUGAAAGACAUGGAGACUUGA